CGAACGGACCUCGAGUUUGCGCUGUACUCUCAAGGAAGUGCGGAAAAAUUGGUGCGCCUUUUCAGCUGAGUUGGCUCAUAUCAAAAGCUGGCGAUCUGUUGUUCUUAUCAAUAAUAAACCUGGAGAUACAUUGUCUGUGAAGCAGGAAGUAAUAAUCUGACAGAGGCGACGUACGGCGCAGGUUUGAAGAUGCCUCGGAGAAAGAGGACCGCCGGCAGCAGCUCGGACGGGACGGAGGACUCGGACUUUUCCGCCGACCUCGAGCACACCGAAGCUGCAGAGAGCGUGCACAGGCGCAGCAGCACGCGCCUGACCCGCGCGUCACUGCGACUCAGCCGCAGCUCACAAGAUAACUGCAGCUCAGCACGGAGCAGCUCUCCUGCAGCCACAGGUCCUGACGAAGGCCAGGAUUCAGCAGCAGAGUCAGCAGCAGCAGCAGCAACAGCAGUGGCAGCGUCCGUCUUCUCCUCCGGGCGCAGGAUCACACGCAGCCAACAGGGGGCGACAAACACCACAGCCAAAAAAUACCCACUGCGUCAGAGCAGGUCGUCCGGCUCAGACACUGAGGCGAACGACCUGAAGCAGGGUGCAGACCGGGACGAGACGCCUCCCCGGACUCCGACAGGUAACGCCCCGUCCUCAGAGUCAGACAUCGAGGUGUCCAGCCCCGGCAACGACCUCGUGUCUUCCAGCAACGAUAUUGUUGUUUCACAAGAGGAGGACGAGCGAUUGGCCAAAGAGCUGUCACUCAAAGAGGCCGCCGCCCACGACCUCUCCCACCGGCCCAAACGACGGCGCUUCCACGAGAGCUACAACUUCAACAUGAAGUGCCCCACACCGGGGUGCAACUCUUUGGGUCAUCUAACGGGGAGGCAUGAGAGACAUUUCUCCAUAUCAGGAUGUCCUCUGUACCACAAUCUGUCUGCUGAUGAAUGCAAGGGCAAGGCAUCGACGCGCGACAAACAGGCUGAGGAGAGGACGCUGUCACACCGCCAGGAUGAGAACAGACACUCCACAAGAAACCAGGCUCCUACCGAGCGCCAGCUGCGGUACAAGGAGAAGGUGACGGAGCUGAGGAGGAAGAGGAACUCUGGUCUCAAUAAAGAGCAGAAGGACAAGUACAUGGAGCACCGUCAGAGCCACGGAGCAAGCAGGGAGCCGCUGCUGGAGAACAUCACCAGCGACUACGACCUCGAGCUGUUCAGGAAAGCGCAGGCACGUGCCUCGGAGGACCUUGAGAAGCUCCGUCUGGCCGGCCAGGUGUCGGAGGGCAGCAACAUGAUAAAGACCAUCGUGUUCGGCCGCUACGAGCUGGACACGUGGUACCACUCUCCAUACCCGGAGGAAUACGCCCGGCUGGGGAGGCUCUACAUGUGCGAGUUCUGCCUCAAGUAUAUGAAGAGCCAGACCAUCCUGCGCAGGCACAUGGCCAAGUGUGUGUGGAAGCAUCCUCCAGGUGAUGAGAUCUACAGGAAGGGGAACAUCUCUGUCUUUGAGGUGGAUGGGAAGAAGAACAAGAUUUACUGUCAGAACUUGUGUCUGCUGGCGAAGCUCUUCCUGGACCACAAGACUCUGUACUACGAUGUCGAACCUUUCCUCUUCUACGUCAUGACCGAAGCCGACAACACAGGGUGCCAUCUAGUCGGGUACUUCUCCAAGGAGAAGAACUCGUUCCUGAACUACAACGUGUCCUGCAUCCUCACCAUGCCACAGUACAUGAGGCAGGGCUACGGCAAGAUGCUCAUAGACUUCAGUUACCUGUUGUCUAAGGUGGAGGAGAAGGUGGGCUCACCUGAGCGCCCCCUGUCUGACCUGGGCCUUAUCAGCUACCGCAGUUACUGGAAGGAGGUGCUGCUGCGCUACCUGAACAACUUUCAGGGCAAAGAGAUCUCCAUCAAAGAGAUCAGUCAGGAGACGGCAGUGAACCCAGUGGAUAUUGUCAGCACACUGCAAUCUCUCCAGAUGCUCAAAUACUGGAAGGGAAAGCACCUGGUUUUAAAGAGACAGGACCUCAUCGACGACUGGAAGGCCAAGGAGAUCAAACGUGGUAACGGCAAGACCAUUGACCCCAAAGCCUUAAAAUGGACACCGCCUAAAGGGACGUAGAGGAGCUUCCUUUCACACUCCAAACCCAACACACACACAGACAGAUCCUCCGUGUACACUGGCAUGCUCACAGACCCUGAGCCUAAACCCUCACACACACACACACACACACACACACACACUCCUGUACGAAACGCUUUCAGCAGCUACAGCACAGUCAGCUACUUACAGAGUCAGCCGUUACUCUGGGUUCAUCAGCCACCGAACACUGGCAAAUGUGCAGGAAUCUGGAGCUCAUACAUGAAUGAAUAAUCAGAAAUAUUUUACCACCUGGCUGUGUGAGGUCAGUUUGUGAGAUCUGGCUCUGUGAAAUGUGACCAAGCUGCAGUCAGUUUCCAUCUGAAAUAUUAAAAGAAACAAGUAAAUCUCUAAUUGGUAAUUAGUGGUAGUGUUAAGAAGCAGUGUUGCAGCUUCAGAUGUCUUUCAAAGUUAACUGCGGUGUUUUUCACCAGCUGGAUGUUUCUGUGGCUUAGUGACGAACGAGAACUAGAAGAGAAUCAAUGCAUCAUUUAUAUUUAGAUUUUAUAUUUUUGGUUUCAAGCUCUCACUAAGACACUAAAUGUCCGACAGACAGUAUGACUACAACGUUAAAUAACAAGCUUACGCAGCAGCCGGUGAUGUCUGUCUACGCAGGAUCCCUGCUGAUACUUCCUCGACCUCAUUUAUUAUCUGGAAAGUGAAAGUAAUUGUGCGUUAUAAGUGCACCUUCUCGCAGACACCUGAUUAACACAGAACACCAGACACGCCCGCUAAUCCAAUCUGCGGCAGGCGGAUCUGAACCUGCGCUGACCGAACGCAGGUCAGCAGCUCGUUGACUCAUGCAAUGAAUUUUGUCAGACACAGACCAGCUGGCUGUGAUUAAACAGGACGAAAAUACAUGACGUUUCUAGGAGUACGAGUCCCGACCUCUAUUUAUCAUUCAGGUCACAUGACUACACACAGUUCUCAAACAGACCGGGGAAGGCUUGAUGAUUUCUGUUAGAGCCGCACAAACAUCAGAACAGGAAUGAAAUAGUAUCUUGUUUUAACUUCUGUCCCUUCACACUAGGGCUGCACAGUAUGAGAAAAAUAUAACGUUGAAUACCACAAUAACAAUGUUACUUGCAAUAAAUAAAUAGAUUGUAAAGUGUACUCAGUUUCUGCUGAUUUCAGUACAGUACGAAAAUAAAACAAAUUGCUUGUUGAAUUAAAGGAACACUUCACCCCUGAAAUGAUCAUUUGCAUAUCAGUUACUCACCCCGUGUUGAGCUGGAUUCAUGAAAAAAACAGUGUUUUUCUUGCACACCUCCACUGUGAACAGAGAAUCCAGAAACAGAGAAAAUUCUCACUGUAUUGAAGUCAUUGGGGUCCACAUUUAACAACAGCAGAACUAUAUCCAAACAUCUGUUUACAACUCUCACACAAUUGGUGCAGUGUAAUUAUGCUCAGUACUUCACUAACGCAUGCAUUGCAUUGCAUGCUGUUGUUAAACGUGGACCCCAGUUAAUUCAAUUAAAAAAAACAGGUUUUUGAUUCUCUGCUCACUGUAGAGGCACGAGAGAAACGUUUUCUAUGUGAAUUCAAUGUAACACGAGAUGAGUAAUUGAUAUACAAAUGAUCAUUUGGGGGGUGAAGUGCUCCUUUAAAAAAAUUAAAAGACGUUAAAUCUAACAUGCUUUUAUCGAAGAAAUUGAACAUUGAACUGAACUCAAAAGACACCACUAAAAAAUAAGAAUGGGAUUUUCAACUGAUACCCUAUCAACUAAAAAGAAAUCAGAGUGCAGUAUCGCAGCCUUUCAGUGUGUUUAUGCCAUGACAAUAAAUGUAUAUCCUGCAGCCCUACUUCACACACUGUGGUACUUAAUUGUGUUCAGAGUGGGCAUCAGAUGCAGAGUGAUGUUGCUUUACGUCAUGCAUCCCAUCAACUUAAGAUUUUACAACUCUGUCUUUAAAAAAAAAAUAAGUGUAGACAUAUGAAAUGAAGAGUUACUGUCAGAUGGUCUGAGGUCAGAUGUGUUUGUGUCACAAACAUUCAACAGAGCAGAGCGUACAAACUGACGCUGACGGCGGCUGAUUGAACCCAGAGCUCAUCAAUAACUCAGCGUCUCUCUCAUGCAACAAACACACACCUCGUGUCCGUUAUAUAACCCGUCACACCCAUUAGUCAGGAAGCUAUAGCUGCCAUUGGCCGCGUUCGUACCGUGUUGUGUCCCCAGGAUGUGACCCGUACGUGGUGUCUUCCCUUCUUUCUUUUUUUUAACCUUAUAUCUUAGUGCCGGCUGUGUUGUUUCAUGAUAUGUUCUCAGUGUUGGAGCUCACAAACACGUCCUCUCUGUGUUCUCUGUGGUGGUUUUGUUAAUGUUCUCAAUGAUAUUUUAUACUUUCUCUACCUCUAAGGUUUACCACUGUAUAAAAGCUACAACGGCCCAUUUUAAGCUUCGUUAUUUUCCUUUUUUUAUUCUCUGUGUUAACAUGUGAAACUAAAGCAAGUGUUUGUUUUUUUUAACUAGAUUUUUAAAAAAUAUAUAUGCUAUUUAUAUUCUUAAAAUGAUAUGUUAACUGCGUAGAACGUGAAAGACAAGGUCUGGUAGAAUGGAAUGUCAACUCUAGGACGGGCUUCCUUGUGAAUAUGAAUAUUUAUCCUGAAAUUGUACGUAGGUUCAAAUGUGUGUAGAAGCUCUUGGAAGGUACCAACAAAGACAAUGUGUACGUUUACAUGCAUACUAAUAUUCCACUUUUAUUCCAAAUUUGACAAUAGUCCAAAUUUAAUACGGCUCAUGUUAAAAACAUUCUGUUCAGGCUGAUUUAUGCUUGGGCGCGUGACAUUUUUGACGAGUGUCGCUCAACAGAAAUUAAACAGUCACAAGACGUUUUCCAUUUAUGCUUCGGCAAAAGGUUUCAGACAUCUCCAUGGUAACCAGAGACGCCCUGCUUUUGUUCACGGUCGUUGUCCAGUAAAGAGUAUUCUGCACAGACGGCUGAUUAAAUCACACAAAUGUCCCACUGUACAUGUGUUUUAGUCUCAUUAACUUGACAUUCAUUGAUUGAUCAGCUCCCAGUCUGUCUGUGAGCCAAUAUAUACAAACACCAUUGAUUUUCCUGUGUCGCUAACAUGUGAAAUAUUUAGAUUCAGUAAAUGUCUGCUGUGUGUCAGCCUGGUGAAGGCAGUUCUGACGGCUUCUAUGGACAGAGACGCUGAAUGUUGGUCGGAUUCGGUGUGUGGCGACAACAGUGCCACUACUACUAUGAGGGGGGGAAUAAAAUCAAUAGUUAAUAUAUAUACACUCACUGUUGAUUCCCUUCAGUGGUGCUGACAUUAAAAAUAUUUGGGUUCAGUAAAUAACUGUUGUCAGUCAGCCUGGUGAGGGCUGUUUGUUGACCACAAGUGUCUUGCAAAUGUGUCAGGUUUGCAAACAGCACACUUUAUUUUAAAGUACAGUGAAUUUCCGGCAUAGAGCUUUUGUUUUGAAGUGCUGUUUCCUGCUGUAGACUGAAUGACUAACGGAUAGCUACUUAAAAGAGACAGCACACGAGCCAAACGCAAGUGAGACACUGAAUAUAUUUGACUGUGUGGACCGUUAGCUAAUGAUCAAGGGGAAAUCUGGACCCCGUGCCUGGACCAGUUGGGAACCACUGGUGUAAAGCACACAAAUGUCCCGCUAUAUAUUUGUUUUUAUCUUAUUAACAUUUAUAUAUUUCCCCCUCACUUGCUAUGAAGAGAGGGGGAAAUAAAAUGAAUAAAUUAAUACAUACAAACGCCAUUAAUUUCUUGCCCUGGUGCAGACAUGAACAAUAUUUAGGUGCAGUAAAUGUCUGCUGUCAGUCAGCCUGGUGAAGGCAGAUUGGGCAGCAGAGGGCUGCUUCUGUGGACAGAGACGCUGAAUGCACAUUGCGCAACAAAAUAUAACGAUGUCCGCGUCACAAGAAAAUACUCCAUGUGCACAACAUGAGAGAAAAGUGUCAAGCCGUCCGUCGAGUGACACUCUUCAAAAGUGUCACACACCCGAGCAUUAAUUAGGCUUUAUUCUGGAUGCAGCAUUUCUGAUUACGAUAGGUGUCAAUAUUAUCCAGGUUUUAGGAGCAUUCUUUGGGCAUAUAGAGCAUUUGUAAGUUUUGCAGUUUGCAACACAAAGCCUCUCGUCUGUUUACUAUAUAUUUACUGUAGGGUCGAGAUACAUGCCCAAAAAAAAGCCCACAUCUCGGGUCAGAAGGAGAAACACACCCACUUUUAAACAUUAUGAAAGACUUGGUUAGCAACAGGGUUUUGGAUAUGUGCACGUAUUGUAACGCAGACCAUUUCAAGGAGGAGGUUGAAGGAAUAGACGAGGAAAACUUUAAAGAAUUCCAGGCACAAACAGCCGUUCUACUUUUCCAUAUUUCGACGUGACAAGUGACACAUUAGGACAUGUUAAUCAGAGUAUGCACAGCUGCAUGUAAACAGGAAUAUCAGUGUAAUAUUCAUUUUCAUUACCCAUGCAGACGGCUUCACAGGACUAUUGUCUUUUUGGGGGAUAAGGGUAAAAAACUGAAUAUUUUGUGCAUGUAAACGUCAGUGGCAGAAGUCAUUUACAUUUCAGACGUUUAUCUCCCGUCAUCAAAAGUGACAUCAUUGAAUCAAAACACGUCACUUCUGCACGUUGUCACUACCUGUUACUGACAUAACUGCUGCUGCAACAUGUUUGGAAAAUAAUCUGUGUGUGUGAGACCGGUGAGCUCGGUCCCAUCAGCAGCAUCUCUGUAUCAUUAGCUGUUCUUUACAGCCCUCUGUGUAUGAUUGAACACAUUUUAUUUCAUUGACAAUCUAAAUAUUUAUUGAUCUGCAUCAACUUUUUAAUUUUGGAACCAGCUUUUAAGGUUUGCUAAAGGAGCAGUUUGACAUUUUGGGAAAUAUUAACUCUCUCAAGAAGAGUUGGAUGAGAAGGUUGAUAUCAGUCUGCUCAUCUUUUGCAACAAAGCACAUCAAGUUCAUAGACUGCGCAAAAAUAAUGUAAGGAAGCCACCAGGAUGUCGAGGAAGCCUCGAGUUUGGUGUUAAAGUUUGGCAACUUUUACUAUGGAAACCAAAACUGUUUUUUGUACCAGGCUGUAAACAUGUUUAUUUCAGCCUCAAGUGGCCAUCAGAGGAACUGCAGUUUUCAGCCCGGAGGUCGCUGCUUGAUAUUUCCCAACAAUGUGGAGCUGCUCCUUUAAACGUUGUGCAUAAGCUCAGACAGCAGUUGGCUGUGAAAUCGGAGGUGUGUGGCCAACGAUGUCAGAUUGAAUCAUCUUUCUGUUUUUUUGUUUUGUAGCUUUUGUGACACAGUUUCAUGUGAGGAGACCACAGCCGACAGUUACACGAGCUUCUCUUCUUUCACAGUGUAACAAAUGUUGUCUUUCUGUUUUGCUUUGUGUUUUUAUGGUGUUUCCUCUCAACCAUCUGUGGAUUCAUGUGUUUGUUUCAUGUGUUAACCCUGUGGUUGAUUUUUUUGUCCUCAUUCGGGUCUUACAUGCAGACUUUAAAUCAAUACAAACAGGCCAUGCGUUUCAACCGACUACAUUUAUCCUUUUAGCACCUGUUCUCAAUACACAUCUCUGAGUGAGUGUAGGGAGCCGAGUGUUUCGCCAAUUCUUAAGUGCAUUUACGGCAAAGUGCACUUUGAAAGGAAGAAUCCAUCCUAAAACACACCUCUUAACGAUGAUGAUGAUGAUGAUGUUCGAUACGUGACAGGGACAGUUUUUUAUUCCUUCAGUUAUAUGAUGGAGUGUUUAAGAUAAUCCAAGGUUUUUGUUUGGGUUCCUAAAAACUUUAGUGCCGCCAUUUUGUACUGAUAUUUAACAAACACUCCAUCAUGAGCAGAGAACAUAUUUUAUAUCUCACAGUUGCAAAAAUCUGAAUUAAUUUGUUUUUUUACUUGAAAAGGCUCUGCAUUCAAAUAACUCCCUGAGUGUUGAUGCUGAAUGUGCAUGCCUCCUCGGUGAACAGAGAAUCCAAAAAGGACGAGCACUCUUCAUUAACUGAAGUAAACAGGGGCCGCGUUUAACAGCAAAACUAUGUCAAAACUCUCACACAACUCAUGCACUUUGAUCCAAGUCUCAUUUAUCCAGCUGUAUGCUCAGGACUUUCCAAAACAAACAGCGUGUCUUGACAGGGAACUGAAACUGAAACCUGUCUCUCUUCAGAGACAAACUCUGAGUCUGACGAAAACAGUAAUUUUACCUCACUGAACACGGAGCUGCUCGUUUGUCACUGUUUCUGUCAGUCGGUACGUUUCCAGUCACAGUGAAGUGUUUCUACAGUCCCGGCUGGACGAGGACAUCUAACUGGUCUACUGUCCUUGUCCCAGUAUACAAGCACGGGAGGGGAAUCCAUUUAUUGAGCCAAGUAUGUGCGACUCCUCUACGAUAGGUGGAGAUAUGCCCCCUUUUCAGCUUGUUAGUAUUGGACCUUUUUCCUGUUGACCUAUUACGUCACAGACCAAACAAUGGACAAACAAGUUAGCUACGGUUAGCUAGCAGCUAACUGCUACCAUGGUGGACAACUUUACAGCUCUGUACAUUUGGUCCGUCCAAAAAGUCACGGCUCUGGAUGUAGAUUUCUCCAUGUUGUUACCGGCUUCUUCUUCUCUUACACAUUUAAUGCUGUUGGACUUCCGGGUCAAAGCCCGGGGCGGAAACUGUGGAGCAUGCUCAGAGCGCCUCGGCCAGUUUGGGUCUGAUUGACUGUAUACAUGCAGGAGUCACAUGAUCUGGGUGUGUUAGUCCCACUGUGACACAUUCACUGCAGGACCAUUUCACUCACACUGACAAAUAAAUGACACAGAUUUGUUACUGAGCUGAAACUGAAACUGAUCAAUGCCAGACUCCAUUGAGAAAAACAAUUUUACCUCACUGAAUACCGAAGCUGCUGGUUCAUUGCUGCUAACAUCAGUGAGUGUGUUUUUGUUAUUGUGUGACUUUGGCGUGUUAGAGCGUUAGUUCAGAUUUACUGAAUCUCACACGAUUAAACAGACAAACUAACUGAUUGAGGCAGCGCUACACAAGCAGAUCCCGUGUUCAGUGAUGUAAAAGUAGUGUUUUUGUCAAUGGAGUCUGGCUCUAACGAGAGCAUCGAUAAGUUUCACUUUCUGAUCAGUUCCCUGUUGAAAAGGGCUGACUGAGGUUACGACUGGAUUAAUGAGACUUGGCUUAUACUGCACAUGUUGUGUGAGAGUUUGUGAACACACGUGGACUCCUAUGACUUCAUCAUGACUUUCAUCAGUUUUUGGAUUCUUCGUUCACUGUGGAGGCGAGAAAAACAAAGUUUCCAUCAUAAAUCAACGAAACACAGGGUGAGUUACUAAUACACCAAAAAUUAUUUGGGGUGUGAAGUAUUUCUUUAAAUGUUAAAUUACAACACCACAAAUGAUCAUAUUAAAGAAAGUCUUCCCUUUAAGACAAGCCUUUUUUUUUAAUUUAGAAACCUCUCUGUCUAGAUGUCUGUUUUUAUUUUUCAUCCUGUUGUCGUGCAGUUUUUCUGUGUGCCAGUGGCAGCUAUAGACAGGCAGCUUAUUAACACAUCUGAAAAGGGUCCCAGUUAUAUCCCAUCACCUUCCAUAGGCCACCAGUGAGCUGUUGUAGUACUGCAGCACUUGAACGCACCCUGCUACCUGUUUUAAACUACGCACUCAAAGCAGCGACACACAAACCGUAGCGUGGCAUCGAUAUGUAGCUCAGUCGUGCUUUUGUACUUGCUUCUCCCCCUUCCUUCCUCCUCAAUAAAUGCAAACGGUGAAACAAA